GUGUUCAUUUAGUGAAAAGUUUUGGAGGGCAAUGGAUUCAAAAGUUUAGCAGUGAUCUUCUCGUCAAAAUGUCGUUGACGGUGCUCAUUGAGUCGGCUAAAAAUUUACCCAAUGUUGAAAAGUUUGGGAAGAGUGAUCCAUAUGUCUCAGUUGAACUGCAAGGAAACAAAAAGAAGACAGAAGUGAAAGAUGGAGAUUUAAACCCAGCAUGGAAUGAGAAACUUGAGUUUGAUUUAAAAGGACUAGCACUCACUUCUUCAGACACUCUAAACAUCCAAGUAAAAGACUAUGAACGCAUCGGCAGAAACAGACUCCUUGGACAAGUGAAAGUUUCCCUGAAAGCUGUCAUCACUGGUGAUCGCACAUCUAAACGAACUCUACAGCUAGAGGAUGGCCAGUCAAGACCUCUGCCUGGGUGUGCAUUGAGUGUGUCUAUCCACUACAUGCCUCCUAAGAGCAAGCAAUCCAAUGACGCGAGUGCAGGUGAUACUGAGCCUAGCGGGGAGGAAGAGGGUGUUGUGGAUUAUGGAGAAGAGGAUGAGGAGGAAGAAGAAGAGGAAGAAGUUGAUGAAGUGGAUGCAAAUGGAAAUAAAGUUAGACGUAAAAGAAAAAAGAAAAGACAGCGACGUGGAAAAUUCAGAGGGAAAUUAUCUAAUAAACCACAAGACUUCCAGAUACGGAUCAAAAUAGUUGAAGGGCGACAACUUUCCGGGGCCAACAUCAGUCCAGUUUGUCGAGUAACUGUUGCCAACCAUUCAAAACAGACCAGGAUUAAGAAGUCUACAAAUUCGCCUUCCUGGAAUGAAGUAUUUUUCUUUAACUUUAAUGUCGCACCUGCCGAGUUGUUUGAUGAACUGGUCAACUUGCAAGUUUUUAACAGUAGAAAACUGCGUUCUGAUUGCAUGAUCGGCUCCUUCAAAUGUGAUGUUGGGAUGAUAUAUGAUGAGCCGCAACACACGUUCCUCAACAAAUGGUUGUUGCUUAGCGACCCAGAAGACAAUCAGGCUGGGGCCAAGGGCUAUUUGUCAAUAUGUGCCUGCGUCCUGGCAGCAGGAGAUGAAGCUCCGAGUUUCAAAGCUCCAUCCCAGGAUGAUGAUGUAGAUAUUGAAUCGAACCUACUGAGGCCUGCUGGUGUACAGUUGAGACCUGCCACCUUUAAACUAAAGCUCUAUAGAGCUGAAGAUAUUCCAAGAAUGGACUCAAACGUCAUGGAAGGUGUCAAGUCUUUCUUUGGAGGAGAUGAGAAAAAGGAACUCGUUGACCCUUACUUCAUAUUCUCAUUCGCAGGGAAAGAGGUGAAGUCUAAGAUAAUGUACUCAAGUGAUCACCCAGAGUGGAACCAGGAAUUGAGGAUUGGGAUGAAGUUUCCAUCUAUGUGUGAAAGAUUAAAGUUACAAAUAAGGGACUGGGAUCGUUUCACUGAACACGACUGUAUUGUGUCCAAAUUCUUGGAUCUAAAGUUAAUAUCUGCACCUGGAGAACAUGGGUUCCUUCCUACAUUUGGACCAUGCUAUGUAAACUUCUAUGGAUCAACUCGUGAAUACUCCGACCUACCAGAUGAAUUUGAUGAUCUCAAUCUUGGAAAAGGUGAGGGUGUGGCUUAUAGAGGACGUGCCUUAGUUGAACUGACAACAUCAGUUGGAGAAGUUCCCGAACUAAAUCUUGAUGACAUAGUCAGCGAUGACAUCUUUAGGGUUCAGAAAUUCAUGAGACGAAGGAAGUACAAGCUUCACGCUGCAUUCCUGAAUGCUACCAUGGUAAAUGAAGUGGAUGCUCCAGUCGAGUUUGAAGUUAGCAUAGGUAACUAUGGCAACAAACUGGAUGAGAGUGUACCCCCAUGUUCCAGCACAACCCAGCCAACCAAUGCUAUGUUUGAUGGGUGCUACUACUAUUUCCUGCCCUGGGGGGACACUAAGCCAUGCACUGUGGUGGAAUCUCACUGGGAGAACAUCAGCUUUAGGCUUGAGAGUCUCAAUAUCAUCUUAGCCAUCAUAGAUGGACUGGAGACAAAUUUAGAAAAACUCAGGAUUGGUCAACAAGCAAACCUGCCCACUCCAGAACUAGCCCAGCAGGUCAUUGCAUUACUGGAACAACUCAUUGAAGACUGCAGACGUCCUCUGCCAGCUGCACAUCCUGGUGAACAUACUCAAAACACAUUGGAUCAGUUACUCCGUACAUACCGUGAAGGCGAGCUGUACUUCAUCAAGAAAGAGGCUGCACGGCUGCGUGAGGUUGCCACGGAGAUAGACGAAGCAUUGUCAGAAAUUGAUGGCUUUUUACAGAUCCUCAAAAACAUCGCUAUCGAGCCACAAAAUAGUGUGCCUGAUGUGGUAGUCUGGAUGAUCUGUGGUACAAAACGUGUUGCGUAUUAUCGUAUUCCAGCCUAUGAUGUUAUGUAUUCACCCAAUGCUGGGGCCUCUGGAAAGAACUGUGGCAAAUUACAGACUCUUACUCUAAAGUACCCCGGUCACAAGGCUGAGAAAGAGGGCAAGUGUGGGGUGCCUGCUAAGCUGAGGGUGAAGAUAUGGCUGGGUUUAGAGAAACAUGAGAUGGAGUGGCACCGCAUGCAGACUGAAGGAGAACUUUCUGUAUUUGCUGAGGCGUAUGAAAACCAGGUCAGUAUCCUAGGCAACUGGACCAACAAAGGACCAACCAUGUCCCGUCCUAAAUUUUCAGACGUCACUGGCAAGAUGAAGUUGGAAAAGGACAUGUUUAAUCCUCCACCUGGGUGGGUCUGGGAUGAUGAUUGGUAUAUUAGUCCAGAACUAAGUAUGUUGUUUGACAAGGACGCUGGACAUAGACACUUCAUGGAAGAUGCUUACGAGAAUGAAUCUCGUAUUCCAGGAGGUCAAUGGGGGUCAGCAUAUACUCCUUGGACAGAUGUGAAAGGCGAUGCCUCUACAGGAAGAGAUGACAUUGAACUACCACCUGGAUGGAGCUGGGAUGAUGCAUGGCAAUUGGAUCUCAACAGGGGCAGUUGAUGAAGAAGGAUGGGAAUACACAGUGGAGGCCACAAUUGGUGGCUAUGGUCCUGUGGAGAAACGUUAUCACAUGUGUAGACGUAGACGCUGGGUUCGGACACGAACACUCACGGCUGAUAUAAAAACACAAGUUGAAGAUGAGGAGCUAGAAAAAGAGGCUGCUGAAGGUUGGGAAUACGCCCCUUUGUUCAAUAUGAAGUUUCACGCGAAGGAGAGACGCAUGGACCUAGUGCGACGAAGGAGGUGGCAUAGGAAGAUGGUUUCCCAGGAUUCCUCUGAGCACGGAGCUUGUUUUUUUGAGUUCCAGAAUCAAGAGGCUGAGGGCAAAGAUAAAGAGAAAUAUGAGGCCUCAAUGAGUGCACCAAGGAUGUUCUUAACCUUCACCAAGCCACCGAGGUAUCAACUGAGGGCUUACAUAUAUCAGGCUAGGGAUCUUCUCGCUGCAGACGCUAAUGGACUUUCAGAUCCAUUUGCCCGAAUAUGUUUUCUGAACCAGAGUGAUGUAACGGAGAAGAUAAUGAAGACGCUUUGUCCAACGUGGGACCAGACGCUUAUUUUUGAGCAAGUUGCCAUACAUGGGGACCCUGAGGUCAUUGCAAAGAACCCCCCAGAGAUUGUCAUUGAACUCUUCGACCAUGAUAAUUUUGGAGAGGCUGAGUUUCUGGGACGUACUGUGUGUAAACCAAUUGUGAAACUGACCCCUGAUGACUCUAGAACUGCCCUGCUGCAGUGGCAUAGUGUAACCAGGGGCAACCAGGAGGGUGGAGAACUUCUUGCAUCCUUUGAACUGUUCCUAAUGGACGAAGAGAAAUUAUUGUUCAAGUCUGCCAAUGAAUUGAUGAAUGGAAGCGAUCUUCCAUUUCUGCCUCCCAAGCGUGGAAAUCUCUACCAAGUGCCUUCUGGGAUACGUCCUAUCAUGCAGCGUACUGCGAUUGAGGCGCUCUGUUGGGGAGUGAGGAAUAUGAAAAAGUUCCAGCUGGCGAAUGUCACUUCACCAAGUGUUCAGUUUGAGAUUGGAGGUCAUGUGAUGCAGUCACAUGUCAUAAAGAACACCAAGCACAAUCCAAACUUCUCUGAUCCUGUCUUGUUCUUUGAUGUGUUGCUGCCGAAAGAGGAGCUCUACACUCCACCAAUGAACAUCAGAAUCAGAGAUAACCGGCCAUUUGGGAGAAAACCACUGGUUGGUGUCCAUGUGGAGAAAUCUCUUGAGAAAUAUAGGUGUUCUCCUAUAAUCACAGAACUACCUGAUGAUGCUAUUACAGACAUUGAUGGGGUCCAGACUCCGACCGGUGAAACCAUUGUUGACAUGCCACCUGAGAAAACUCCAUCUAAGGGUUCCCCCGUAGCUAUACGUACUUCCCGCAAAGUUCACGAGCCUGGUUAUGAAAGGCUAGAAGAUGAAGCAGAAGUUAGUACGGCUGAUGUGACAAUUGAGAUCUCAGCCCCACCUAAGAGGGAAACCGAACUACUAGAGUUGGACAUUGACUGGUGGUCAAAGUAUUACGCAUCAACAGGAGAAUUGUCAAAAUGUAGAAAAUAUCUUGAGAAAGGCUAUGAUAAAAUUGAGGUGUUUGGAACUGCCCUUGAGCAGGUUGAUGGCUACAAUGAUUUUAAUGACUUCUGUAGCGCUUUUGAGUUCUCAAGGGGCAAGAAUAAUGAUGACGAAGAGUCUAACAUUGUAGGAGAAUUAAAGGCAACAUUUAAAGUCUAUCCUCUCCCUGAGGACCCUAAGGCUGAGUUACCCCCCUCCAUGUUGAAGAACCUCCCUUCCAGUGACCCAGAGGAAUGUGUUGUUAGGGUGUAUAUCAUUAAAGCUAUCAACUUACAGCCAAAUGAUCCCAAUGGGCUCGCUGACCCCUAUGUGGAGAUAAAGUUGGGUGGCAACAAGGAAAAUAACAGAGAUAACUAUAUCCCUAACACACUGGACCCUGUUUUUGGCCAUAUGUUUGAAAUGAAAGCCAUGCUCCCAAUGCAGAAGGAUCUGAGAAUUCGUGUCAUGGAUUAUGACCUUAUAAGUAGUGAUGACAUCAUAGGAGAGACCAUGAUAGAUUUGGAGAAUCGUUUCUUGACCAAAUGGAAUGCAUUGGUUGGGCUUCCAAAGUCUUACUGCACGUCAGGGCCAUGUGCAUGGAGAGACAGUAGAAAACCAAAGGCUUUACUGAAUGAAUACUGUGAGAAAAAUCAUCUCGACCCCCCACAUUACUAUGGCAACAGCAGUUUGAAAAUACGUGGCAAAGUCUACGCUCUUACAGACUUUGAGCUGAAUAAGCCAAUCCAUGGCCAUCUUGGACCCGCUGACGAGAGACUUGCCCUCUAUGUAUUGAACACUCUUCCAUUUGUGCCAGAGCAUGUUGAAACUAGGUCAUUGUUUAACCCUCUCCAGCCUAACAUCGAACAGGGCAAGUUGCAGAUGUUUGUUGAUGUUUUCCCACAGUCAUUUGGGGAACCGGGACCACCCAUAGAUAUUGCACCUAGGAAAGCCAGAAGGUAUGUGCUGCGUAUAAUAAUACGCAAUACAAAUGAUGUCAUCUUGGAGGAGGAGUCUAUCACUGGUGAGAAAAUGAGUGACAUCUAUGUUAAAGGUUGGGUAGCUGGUAUAGAUGAAAAACAGAGAACUGAUAUUCACUAUAGGUCUCUUGAUGGAGAUGGCAACUUCAACUGGAGGUUUGUCUUUCCAUUUGAUUUCCUCCCAGCUGAACAGACUAUGGUAGUCAGGAAAAAGGAACAUUUUUGGAGUCUGGAUGAGACAGAACAGCACUUGGCUCCAAUACUGAUGAUACAGAUAUGGGACAAUGACAAAUUCUCUGCUGAUGAUUUCUUAGGCACAUUAGAGUUAAACUUGAACUCAAUGCCAAAACCAGCCAAGAAAUGUAGCGCAUGCAGCCUCAAACAACUUCCUGACCUCUCAGAUGUUGAGAAAAAGACAAAGAUGAUUUCAUUGUUCGAACAGAAACGUCUCUAUGGAUUUUGGCCCUGUUAUAGUGAAGAUAGCGGGGAAAGAGUACUUACUGGUAAAGUUGAGAUGGAAAUGGAGUUGCUGACUGAGGAAGAUGCAGAAGCGAGACCAGCUGGACAAGGGAGGGAUGAACCUAAUAUGAACCCUAAACUAGAAGAACCAAAGCGACCAGAAACAUCAUUCUUGUGGUUUUCUUCUCCCCUGAAGACUCUGAAGUAUAUCUUAUGGCGCAAUUAUAAAUGGCUGAUCAUCGGCUUCAUCAUUGUCCUUCUUCUGCUCCUCAUCAUCUUCUUGUUCGUCUAUGCAUUCCCAGGAGCCAUUGCUGAAAAGAUCGUCAAUCUUUAAUCUUCAUAUUGGAGAUCCUGGGACACAAUUUCACCUGCCUUAACCCCUUAAUGACGAACAGUAUGGUUUGCAAUGAUUCAUAUUAAGUAGACUUAAACAUGUUUAAUGAGUUGGUGAAAGUGAAAGGAUUUACAUCUGCAAAAUGCCAGAUGAACUCCAAAACAUUGGAAUACAGUACACCAUAUGGACCAUCAUCUAUAAGACAUUAGGGAGUUUAAGCUUGCAUAUAAAAUGAAAACACCAACCUAUACAUAUGACCAAUCGCCCAUACAAAUGCAUUGCUUAAAUAUUUUCUGUUCAUGUUUA